UGGACACUUAUUACUCUUCAAUAAUUGCGUAUAAUUUUGGACUGAAAUUUCUUUCAACAAAUGUGGAGUAUCAUGCUUUAUACUUGCAACAAUAGGGAAAUGAUAUUUCGUCCAAUAAUGAAAGACCAUUCAUUAGACGAAUAGAUUUUAUUCUGAAUACUAGUACUCUUAAACAUGUAUGUAUGUUAAUUUUUAGAAAUUCUGAUAGUGCACAUUCAGUCUAUAUCAACUGCCUCACCGUUAUAGGAAUGUUAAAUAGUGCAUUCGAAAUAGUAAUAUGGGUAUUAAUUUAGUAUGUAUAAGUUUAAGAUUAUUCUGCAUUUAUUUACAAAUAACAAGAGUUUGUUCUCAGGGAAACGUUUGCUCACAAUCAAAUGACACGGAAAAGUGCUGCUCAGGUUAUUAUAAAGUAAACGAUACCUGUCAAGAAUGUAUAGGAUCAUAUGGUUUCAAUUGUUCAAAGCAAUGCCCUGAAGGAUACUAUGGACCACAAUGCCGUAUCAAAUGCUCUUGUUCCGCCAUUGAACAAUGUCAUAAUAAAUCGGGUUGUCUUGGGGAAAAUUUUAGAGAUCAAGAAAAUGAAAGCUUUUUCAAAAGCCUGAAGUUACGUCACUGGGUGGUCCUCGCCGUGAUUGUUCUUUUGAUAUUGGUAGUGAACGCCUGUUACUUUGCGUCUCCAACCAACAGACGUGUCAGAAUAAGAGAAAGACCAGAAAGAAAUAACUACAUCGACCAAACUCUUCCCCAACCAGCCAGUGAGUAUCUAGGCAUGAAUGUGACAUCAUGUGCGUCAACUGCAUAUCCAGUGGUUUCAUUCCAAACAAAGCCAAUUGAAGAUACUUCAGAUUACAUUUGAUGAUAUCAUUUAUGAAUCUAAGACGUAUUAUGCCUAUUUGCUUUAUAUUCCUUCUUAUAAAUGUUUUGCACAG